GCGAGGAUAAAUAAGUUACAUACGUGGUUACAACACGGCAUAAGGUGUAUGAAACAAAACACCUGUGCUAUAACAACUCGCGUUUUGUUUGCGAUACAAGGAUAAAGCAUGUGAUUCUUUUUAUGCAUGGGUGAUAUUUCAGACAACUCAUUAGUGGCCACUGGGUUAAAGCAAUUUUUUCUAAGUGUCUUGCCCAAGGAAACAUGCUACACUACUGGGUUAAAGCAAGAAUGUAACACAGCUUACUGGCCGCACUGUAGUGGAGACAAGACCAGGUAUUGGAAGUUGUAAUGGUCAGUCAGCAAGUAAUCAAACAUUAACCAUGUAGUGCGGCUGUACUUGUGUAGAACCGGAUUGUUCUGAUAAAAGUUACAACACCAGACAUGCUGGAACAUAAUGUUUGUUUGCCCCCUAACUUGUAAAGAUAAGGGCCCGGAACUACAAAAAUAGGGCAGUAUUGAAGCAUCAGAAGCAUUUACAGUGUAGGGGAGACAUUAUGCAAACUGUGGAGAUGCAUACUACUGCAAGUUUCGAGUCUUCUGCAGAAAUAUCUGCAACAACUCAAGCUUAUGAGAAAGGGAAAGCGAAUUUAGGAACCGUGGAUAUCGUGAUUGUUGUUGUUUAUAUUGCAGCCACGUUUGCGAUUGGAAUAUGGGCUUCGUUUGGUGGAUUCCGUGGAACUCUUAAAAGUUAUUUUCUUGCUGGACGUGAUAUGUUUUGGCUGCCUGUUGGUGCUUCCAUAUUCGCUUCCAACAUUGGGAGUGGUCACUUUAUAGGAUUAGCUGGAGCUGGUGCUGCUGGUGGCAUUGCUAUUGGGUCAUUCGAGUGGAUUGCACCUUACAAUAUCCUGAUGCUAGGUUGGAUAUUCCUCCCAAUAUAUUUGGCUUGUGGGGUCUACACCAUGCCAGAGUAUCUUUACCGACGUUUCGGUGGUAUUCGACUGCGUUUGACGUUGUCUAUUAUCUCCUUAGCAUUGUACGUGCUCACUAAAAUAGCUGUUGACCUCUACGCUGGUGCCAUGUUUAUCCAGCAAGCUUUUGACAUCAACCUGUACUUAGCUAUAGUUUCCCUGCUUAUAAUAACCGCCAUAUACACAGUGCUUGGUGGGUUGAAGGCUGUUAUAUACACGGACACAAUGCAAACGGUGAUCAUGCUUGCCGGGGGAAUUCUGCUUAUGAUCAUAAGUUUCAUAGAAGUUGGGGGUUACGAAAACCUAAAGACACUUUACAUGGAAGCGAUCCCGCAAACGACCAAAGAUAUUCUGGCAGUCGGUAACUCCACCACAUGUGGCGUUCCAAGAGACGACUCGUUUCAUUUAUUUCGAGAUCCAAUCACCUCAGAUCUACCCUGGCCUGGAAUGAUUUUCGGGAUUUAUUUCCUUGGCUCGUGGUACUGGUGUACUGACCAGGUGAUUGUACAAAGAGCUCUUGCUGCUAAAAGUUUAAACCACGCCAAAGCAGGUUGUCUUGUGGCUGGAACGCUGAAAAUUCUCCCUAUGUAUAUGAUUGUUAUGGCAGGCAUGAUCAGCAGAGUGUUAUUCCCCGAUGAGGUCGCAUGCGCUGUGCCGAGCGAAUGCUUAAGGAUUUGCGGCAACGAACAAGGGUGUUCGAAUAUUGCAUACCCGAAGCUGGUGCUUGAAUUGUUACCAAGUGGACUACGUGGUAUAAUGGUAGCAGCCAUGUUAUCAGCGCUGAUGAGUUCCCUCACGUCAAUCUUCAACAGCACAAGUACUGUGUUUACUAUCGAUGUGUGGAAACGAAUCCGCAAGGGGGCGACGGAGAGGGAGAUGCUAAUUGUUGGAAAGCUCACGGUUUGCGUUCUAGUUGUGAUAAGUAUUCUAUGGAUCCCCGUGCUUCUAUCGUCAGCUGGUGGCCAACUAUAUAUUUAUCUUCAAUCUAUCCAAUCAGCGCUUGGUCCGCCUAUAUUUGUGCUUUAUCUGUUUGCUAUUGCAUGGCCUAGAGUGAACGAACAGGGUGCAUUUUGGGGUUUACUCAGCGGCUUUACCGUCGGUGUUAUUCGGUUGGUUUUGGAUUUUACGUACGGAGCUCCAGGGUGUGACCACGAUGACUCAAGACCCUGGAUUGUUUCGAGGGUAAAUUAUCUUCAUGUUUCCCCGAUUGUGUUUGUGAUAUCGAGCGUUGUAACUUUGACUAUCAGUUACCUCACUAAACCAUUAUCAACAGAACAGGUGGGAUAACGAUACCCGUUAUAACAUUUGUGUACACAUCGCGUGCCCGCUUAUAAGUUACCACAUAUGCAACUUAUUUAUCCUCGCAUGGUAGGGCCAUG